UUCACCAUCCAAUCCAUCUCCCCUAUUCCCACAAACAAAAAUCUCACAACCCCUCUCCCCCAAUCAACCUCAAACACAGUCUUUCUUCUCUCUCCACCAAUUGAAGCAGCCACAAUGCUGGAAGAUUCAGCAGCAUCUGCAAUCCAAUCCUCAUCCCUCUGGGCCUCCAUGAACAGCUGGCUCACUCCCACAGUCCUCUUCCUCCUCCUCAACCUCAUGAUCGCCACCAUUGCCUUCACCUCCUCCACCUUCUCCCACCCCUCAAAUCCCCAAAAUUCCCAAAAUACCCCUCCCUCCUCCACUGCCAGAUCCCCCUCCCUCCUCCACCGCCUCAAAUCCAUCAACCUCCUCUCCUCCCCUCCCCCCCAAGACUCCUCCCUCCUCCACAAACACAUCCCCGAUUCCGACACCACCCACUUCGCCUCCCACUACUUCUUCCCCAACCCCCAAGAAUCCCAAGAAUCCGCUGCACACGAAUCGCCGCCGCCCCACCUCGCCGCCGCCGCCCAAACCGGCCGGGAAACCGAGGCCCACUUCGAUUUCGAGGAAAAAGCUCCGAUCUUUGCCGAUUUCGAGGCGGCCCACGAGGCGGAGAGUGAGAGUCUUGAAAUGAGCAUGGAUGAGGUUUACAGCCAGCUCAAUAAAGACGGCAGCAGCCACUUCAACAGAACGAAAUCCGACACGAAGCCCGCCGGCGGCGAGAUUCCGGCGAAAUUGGCGGCGAAGAUGCGGAAGUCGGCGAGCGUGAAGUCGCCGUUCAACCACUUCGAGGAGGGGGACAUCGUGGAGGCGCGGCGGCCGGCGACGGCGAGGGAGGGCCGCGCCGCCGCGGCGGACGAGGGCGGCGUCGAUGCGAAGGCCGACGACUUCAUCAAUCGGUUCAAGCAGCAGCUGAAGCUGCAGCGGCUGGAUUCGAUUAUCAGGUACAAGGACAUGAUUGAAAGAGGGAGGUAAAUUUGAUUUACCAAAAAUGGAAAAAAAAAAAGUUAAAAAAAAUUAUUUUGAGGGGUUGUUCUGGGAUUUAUGUUAAGUUGUGGGGUUCUUUUGUAAUUUUUGGAUUUGUUGGAGUAAAUUGUGAUGGUGGAAUUUGGAUCUUGAUGGUGUCUUAUUACCAUGUGGUUGGAUAGUUGGAGCUUUGUGUUGUGGUGGUGGCUUGAAUUUGGGAUGGGUAUUUUGGUAAUUUCAGUUGGUGUUUUUUGCAUUCAAUUUGUAGUGAUCAUGUGGUUAGGUGAAUGGACGGCUAAUUAUUCUUAAUUACUAUAGUAUAAUUGUAUUUGCUCUUUUAGUGAUA